AUGAACUUUCACCCGGAACGGGAGAGGAUUCUUAAAGACAAGGUCGGCGAGCGUCGGGGCAACCUCUUCACGCAGGUCAAGACGUGGGCACAUGGGCCAGGCGGGUUCGUCAGGGAAUCGAAGAUUUCCAUGCUGGCUGCUGAGAACAUGGCGCCGGUGCAGCGCCGCAACGUCCAGCAGUGGCACCUUUUCUAUUUCGAUGCCGUUUAUGGCAGCAAGUGGCACUGCGAUCCUGACACGGGGCGCCUGUUCGCCAACAAGGCGUUUGACAUGGCGCUCUGCAAGGGACUUGGCGGUCGCAGGUGCAAGACGAUGUUUGCCAAGAUCCCAGUGGUGGCAACGAUUUGCCAUGUGGUUGAAUGGCCCAUGGAAAAUGCGGGGAGCCGUGACACGCCUGCCCUAGAUGGCAGUGACUCCAACAACAGGAGGGAAGUGCAGCUGAAAGUUGGGGUGAUUAUUGAUUGGAUUAAGGAUAGGUUAUCCCGGGGGGAUAAUAUCUAUCGCAACACUGCCCCUGCAGGCUUUCAGAUGGGAGCAAACCCGUUAGUGCGUAUUGUGAUCGCAGGGUUUGAGGACGAGUUUGCUGGGUUGCUGCCAUAA